CUGUCGUGCAUCUGGUCGGUCACUCGCGGAAGGAUCGCGGCAACGAACGCACUCUCGGUUUUAGCGGUGCCUUUCGCCGAGCGGUCACAGUCGGCCGCGGUCGUCGCCUGCGCAUGUUGCGAAAUCGCCGAUUGAUUAGCUAGCCCACUUCCUCACCCGUUCUGUGCUAGUCUGCAGCUAUUCGAAGCUCGACCUGCCAAUUCGAGCAACCUGUGCGCCGCACGCGAACACUUGUGUUUAGUGUAUCUAAAUAUUAUAAAGUGUCAAAUGUGUGUGUGAACUUUCUAAGUUGCCACUUGUUUGGGACCAAACAGUGGUCGGCUCGGUGAGACCUGAAUAUGCUCGUCGCGAGUUCGUCGAAGUGCAUUAUUAAGUUUGGCGCAGCGCGCGGACGAUGCUUCGCCGCCGAGGCACCUACACGGUCAAUGCGGUGUUGGACACUAAACCCGCCAAGGACAAGUCCACAGAAACGACUGUCGUGAAUAAACGCGGUAAAGACGGCUCGAAGGUGACGACCGUGGUGGCGACGCCGGGGCAGGGGCCCGACCGGCCCCAGGAGGUGAGCUAUGCCGACAUGAAGCUCAUCGGCAAUGGCAGCUUCGGCGUCGUCUACCAGGCCAAGCUGUGCGACACGGGCGAGCUCAUCGCCAUCAAGAAGGUGCUCCAGGACAAAAGGUUUAAGAACCGAGAACUUCAAAUUAUGCGACGACUGGAGCAUUGUAAUAUUGUCAAGUUGAAAUACUUCUUUUACUCCAGUGGAGAAAAGGCGGCCGUGCCCGCGACUGUCAGCUCUAUGCUAAACGCAAUGCAGUCCCUCGAAGUCGCAAAAGAUGAAGUGUACCUGAAUCUGGUGCUGGAGUAUAUACCUGAGACCGUGUACAAAGUGGCACGUCACUACUCCAAAGAUGAACAAACCAUACCCAUUAGUUUUAUAAAGCUUUACAUGUACCAGCUGUUCCGGAGCCUGGCCUACAUCCACUCGCUGGGCAUCUGCCACCGGGACAUCAAGCCGCAGAACCUUCUCCUGGACCCGAAGACCGGAGUCCUGAAACUCUGUGACUUCGGAUCCGCCAAGCACCUCGUCCGCGGGGAGCCCAAUGUCAGCUACAUCUGCUCCCGGUACUACCGCGCCCCUGAACUCAUCUUUGGCGCCAUCGAUUAUACUACGAAAAUUGACGUAUGGAGCGCUGGUUGUGUCGUGGCCGAGCUCCUUCUGGGCCAGCCAAUCUUCCCAGGGGACUCAGGGGUCGACCAGCUCGUCGAAAUCAUCAAGGUCCUCGGCACUCCGACGCGGGAACAAAUCCGAGAGAUGAAUCCCAACUACACGGAAUUCAAGUUCCCACAGAUCAAGAGUCAUCCUUGGAUGAAGGUAUUCCGCGCGUGCACUCCCCCCGACGCCAUCUCGCUGGUGUCCCGCCUGCUGGAGUACACGCCCCUGGCUCGCCUGUCGCCGCUGCAAGCCUGUGCCCACUGCUUCUUCGACGAGCUGCGCGAGCCCAACGCGCGCCUGCCCAACGGACGCGCCCUGCCGCCGCUCUUCAACUUCACCGAGUAUGAGCUGGGCAUCCAGCCGUCGCUGAACGAGUUUCUGAAGCCGCGCGCGGCGCCGGCGCAGCCGCACGACGCGCCCUCCGCGUCCGCGCAGCCCGCCGCCAUGCCGCCCAGCGACGAGACCGCCGGUGAAGCGGCGUCGGCCACCGGCGGCGGGUCGCCGACCGCGUCGUAGGCGCCCCUCCCCCCCGCCGCGCCCCGCGCCCUCCGAGGACUCCUUACAAGCAUUUACAAGCUUACACUCGUCCGUGUAUGUACCACGCGGCCCCUGUAUAUAACUCAGCUCUAACGUGUUGCAUGUAUUGGUAUAAAUUCACUAUUAAACUUAGCUGGUUGCCGCCGCCUCUUGCAGCGGGCGCCCCUCCCGCCACUUACUAUCGUCGGUAUGCUAUUUUAGUAAUAGUCCUUUUCAUGUUGGCCACCAGGAUUUUUUAUGCAUAAUAGGUGUUUCGACGAGUAAUCGUGUGAUACUGUAGUGUAAUUCGUCAAUGAAGCUUGAGCCGCCGUAGUCGGUAAGAAGGGUAAAUCCACUGUAGAUUCUAACCGUUGCAAUGUGAUUGAUUAAUUUGUACUUUUGUAAGCUCAAAUUGUCUUUUGUGUACAUACCUAAAAGCUGAGUUCUCAUAACGAGAUCAUUGGUAAAUGACAGUAUGUCUGUACAUCCUUUUUUAUUUAAUACUUUUAUUUCUUGUCAUUUUUCAUUUUAGUAAUCUUUGCAAAAUUAUUAAGUUUGUUAUUUUUAUUUUUUAUAGCUUGUAUUGUAAAUUGGUUUGAAAAGUAUGUCUAGCUGCGUGCAUUAGAAACCUAGCUUGAGUCUUGUAACGAGUAGAGGCGAGACAUCGGUAGCGUAGUGCCGGCCCGGACUGUGCUGCGCCACGGCACGUCACUAGCGUGCAGUGGUACAUCACUAGUACCACACAAGGAACUACGCGCAACACUCUGUUGCAUACAUACUUGUACAUUUUUAUAUUUAGCGUAACUGAUCUCUCGAGAUAAUUUAUAAUGUGUAAUGAUAACUCAGAAUAUUAUGUAUUUGUAUAAACAAUUCAGAAAAUAUUAAAAUUUAGAUUUACUACAUUAUACAAAUAGAUAUUGUUUCUCAAGCAACUUUCUAUGAUAGCCAUUUUAUUGAUUAUCCAGCGCUGGAUAAAUGUAUUAUCACUGUCGAUGUCCUUAUGUAACAAGCAUAGUUUUUGGAUAAAAUUGUAUUCUAUAUUCAAUAAAUUAUAUUUCUAUUAUGUGAAAUUUAUCAUUGAAAACAUGAUGCGUAGUCAUUUAUCGAAACAGACGUUAAAUAAUGCUACAAAUUUCAUUGUCAUAGUUUUAAGUACGCAAUUUUUUUAAAGAUAAUUUUGCACUACGUUUUGGCAUUCAAAUUAGGCGGAGGUAUUAAAAACCUUUUAUGAAUAUACUAUUUAAACUUAUUCUUCAUGGUUUAAAUCUAGACUUAGCCUAUUUCGUAACCGUAUGGAUGUAAUUGAAGGGAACCUUUUUAAGCAUCACCAUUCUGAUAUAGUACAUAGCGAGAGGAAGUGAAGUCCAUCACACUAUGUGGAUCCAUGGACCAAGUCACAAUCACACAUAUCUUGAGGCAGACCUACAGUCGACAUUGCACUCUGGCCAGUAAUGUUGGGGUCUCGAGACAAGUCAGUAAACCUACAAAGAUUUGCGUUUUGUCAUUGCAACAUACAAAUUUUAUCUCACAUUAUUUGUAUUACUCACACUGUACUUAGUUUUAGCAUGAAUUUGGCUGUUAGUCGUGUGAACCUGAGGUUAGAGGUCAAGUCUCGAACCGGACACACAACAACUGACCUUUAAAUUAGCUGAUAUAUAUAAAUUAAUCGUAAUCUAGUGUAUUGUAUUGCCAAUCAAUGGAGAGUUGGUCGCCGCAGUUUCAAAUCACAUGUAGUUGAGCUUAGUUGUGGUCGUUAGACUAUUAAAUUCGCUGACACCUAAAUAUCUCGUGUAAAUAUUAUAAUUAUCUUUAUGGUAUGACUCUGAAUAAUGUAUUGGUUAGCGGGUGAGCCUGUCCCGGCCCGAAGCCCCAGGCCUGCAGCGCCGCAGGCAUUCGGCAAGGGACUUUAGUAGACUAGAUAUGCAUAUUUUAUUAAGUCUAUCUAAUAUGGAUUUUGUAAUCGACGUUGCUUCUAAAGACCUCUGUAUAAAAGAUUAAGACAUACUAGUGACCUGAAAUGUAUGAAGCGAUGUUAUCAGAACUAUAUCCCACUGGAUUCUCACAAUCACCAUUUGAGUGCACAUUCUACAUGAGAAUUUCACAUUUAAAAUUAAAAAGAAAUAUUUCGAAAUGGGGUUAUGAUUAAAUUAUAAAAGUAAAAGGGAGUUUUCUUAUUACUAUUAUUGUAAUAUUAAAUUUAAUAGUGAGUGAAAUUUGUAUUUUGUUUUAAUUUGUUUUACUGAAUUUGAAUACUUCAUAACACCCAUAUCGUUGUUAGUUAUGAAUGAAAAUAACAUAAUUAUAAAAGUAAAUAUUAAAUGACUAGUA